AUGGCUCGUUCACUUCUCCUUUCCUCUACCCUUUUUGCGCUCCGCGCACUGGCACAAGCUACGCCCUACACGGAUGAUAAGACUGGUAUCGAGUUCCUGGGUUUUCACGACCCCUCGGGCUACAGGCUUGGUUAUGCCCUGCCAGAGGGCUCUGCCAAAGACUUCAUUGCUCAAAUCCAAGCGCCCGUCACCAACGGAAAGGGAUGGGCUGGUUUGAGCAUGGGUCAGUCCAUGGUGGGCAACCCGCUCGUCGUUGCAUGGCCCAACGAUGGCAAGAUCAUUUCCUCGAUCCGUGAAGCUACCGGCUACACCAACCCGGCCGCCAAGACUGGCAACAUGACCAUCAAGGCGAUUCCGGAUGGUACCUACGUCAAUGACACCGCCUUUUCAUACACAUUCCUGUGCUCCAACUGCAUCAGUUCCGACCCGUUGUCAGGCCUUGUCCUCGCCGACGGGACCAAUGUCAUGGGAUGGGCUUACUCGAACAAGGCAAUGACUGACCCGACUACACCUUCUGCCGUGCUCUCCUACCACGAUGCUGGCUUCGGUGCCUUUGGCCUGUCCGCAUCCAAGGCCAAGAAUGCAAACUUUGAGAAAUGGGCUGCACUCGCCGUUGCAGGUACCCCAUCCGGCGGCAACUCGACCACUCCCGGCUCCGGAAGCAACUCGACAACGCCAGUAGUCCCCGGUAACCAGACUGCCACUGUUGCCAACGCCACAUACGACUACAUCGUCGCGGGAGGCGGGGCUGCUGGAAUCGUCGCUGCUCAGAGGUUUGCUGAGAGCGGCGCUUCCGUCCUGUUGAUUGAGCGCGGCGGUCCUUCUCUCGCGUUCACUGGCAACACCAAGACACUGCCUUGGAACAACACCGUCACCAUGUAUGACGUUCCUGGAUACGGCUACUACCUCAGUGACGUCGGCAGCCCUGAUUACUGCGCCGACACGGCCGACAUGGCAGGCUGCCUCCUCGGCGGUGGCACUUCCGUCAACGCCAUGAUGUUUGUCAGGCCCCAGGAGCGCGACUUUGACGACAAGUGGCCCACUGGCUGGAAGUGGGCUGACGUCUCGGCGGCGGCUGACCGUCUGUACGAGCGCAACCCCGGACAGACAUAUGGCUCAGAGGACGACGUCCGCCACGACGACGGUGCCUACAACGUUCUGUCCAAGUUCUUCGCCGCCCAGGGAUGGAAGCAGACAGACUUUGUCAAGAACCCCAACGCCAAGGUCGAUGUCUACGGCCACCCCACCUGGAACAUUGCCAACGGUCUCCGUUCCGGCAGUGUCAGGACCUACCUUCCUCUGGCCCAGAAGCUCACCAACUUCAAGCUGACGAUGAACACCAAGGUUGUGCGAGCUGUUCGCAAGGGCUCUGCCGUUUCUGGUGUUGAAGUUGAGACGGCCGAGGGCAAGCGUGUCAUCUACAAUGUCAAGACUGGCGGUAAGGUGAUUCUCUCAGCCGGCGCCAUGUCGACUCCCCGCAUCCUGUUCAACUCUGGCAUUGGACCCGCCGAGCAGCUCAAGACGGUAGCCAGCGGCACCACGGGCGUCCAGCUGCCUGAAGAAGCCGACUGGAUCGACCUCCCCGUCGGAGCCGAGAUCAAAGACCACCCCAUCUUCACCGUCAAGUUCAACACGAGCACCCCCCUCCCCGGAACCGACAAGAAAGCCCUGAUUUCACCCAACCAAACCACCAUCGACAUGUUUGCCAAGGGCGCCGGCAUACUGGCUGAGUCGGGCCAGCGCCUCAACUGGUGGUCCUCGGUCAAGACGAGCGACGGCAGCGAAAUGUUCUUCCAGGGCACCUGCAACGCGCCCUCUGACAACACCAUCCAGAUGAAGGUGUACCUGACCCACGGCUCCCAGUCCGUCGGCAGCCUGGGCAUCACAGCCGACGGCGCAACCACCUUCAUCACGAAGCCGCACAUGACAUCCAAAGUCGACACCGAAGCCGCAACCCUGAUGAUGAACCGCCUGAUCCGCAUGGCCAGCGCCAGCAACUCGACCCUUUCUCUCAUCACUUCCUCCAGCUCCUCCAACGUCACGGGCGCCGAUCUCAUCAAAUCGUUCAAGUCCGGCAGCCACUACGUCGGCACCGCGAAGAUGGGCAAGAAAGGCGAUGCUGGCGUCGUUGUUGAUACGAAUACCAAGGUGUAUGGCACAGAUAACUUGUAUGUCGUUGACGCGUCGAUUCACCCGGAUCUGCCGACGGGAAACACGCAGGCGAUUAUCAUGGUUGCGGCCGAGGCGGCGGCCGCGAGGAUCCUGAAGGCGGAGGGCGGCACGAAGCCAGAUGUGCCUGUUGAGUCGCCGGUUGCCUCCUCUCCCAUCGCCUCCGCCCCUGCUGCCUGCGCAGAUACGAGCGCUGCGGCGGCAUCGGGCACACGGGCCCCACGACAUGUUCCGACGGCUGGAAGUGCGUCAAGCAGAACGACUAUUACUCGCAGUGUCUUGCUUAAAUACAACUUGAGCUGUUAA